UAUUUAGAUUUAAAUAGUAUUUAAUUUUUCCUUACAAAUGUAAAUUCUUACCCAAGGUAUGUUAAAAUUAUUGCAUGUUAAUUUCACCCGAUAGUCACUUUCCGCAAUCCACCUGCACGAUUGUCGACCUUUAGAGACGUUGGGAUAAUCAGGGUUGUACACAUAAUAAAUGCUGCCAGAUUGUAAAUAUUGGGAAAAGUUGCAAUUGUGAUAAACCAAGCCGUUUGACAUUAUAAAAUACAAGGACAGCGUCAGCACGAAUAGUCCACCUAUUAAAAAGAUAAUUCAUUAUUAAUAAUUAUAUGCGAGGAAAUAUCUUGCAAAUUUUUUUAAUUGUUACAGAUAUAAAGUACAGGAAAAAUAUGUUAUACUUAUAUUGCAUACAAUUUGCGAUAUUGAUAAUCGUUAAUCGGAUUUCUACGAACGCGUAAUAUAAUCUUUUGGCCAAGGCCGUCUUAUCUAUAAUAAGUGUCGGUACUGAAAUUACCUCGGAAAUGGUAAUGAUAAAUAAGUUAGUUCUGGCCAAGUAUUACCUAAGAGUGCGUCAAGAAUAAAUUAUUGCGACAUAGACAUAAUUUACAUAACUACUUAAGAUAUGCGUAUAAUGUCUUCUAAAAUGUAAGAACUCUUUUUACUUUGACUACUUCUUCAAUAUCGUAAGAACGACAUUUACUACAAUAAUUCUUUGGUAAUCAAUGAAAUCAAAUUUCCUUCCAAAUCAUCGUUAUAAAACGGUACAACUCAGGGAUAGGCAGUAUCAUUUAAUAAGAACUGCAUUGCGGCUGUUAUCGUAUAUCGUUCAAUCAGACAAAUGUAUGUACGGUGACAUGCUCGCAGGAGUCAAUCUUGAGAUAUGUUCUGUCAACACACACAUUAUAUGAUACGGAUUAAAACUUCCGUAAAUUAAAAUUUUGAAUCUAUUGAAAAUAAUUGGCGCGCGUUACUUCCGUAAUCGCACGGUUUUUAACGAGAAUAAAUUGAGGAUAAGUAGAGUCGGAGCAAUUUUAUUAUAAAUGACAAUUCUCUAUCUUUCUCCCCCUUCCCUCUCUCUUCGGUAUGUGACAUGUGACACGUUUUCAGCGUGCCCUGCUCCGUUGAAUGAACUUGAAUGAAAUGUCAUAUGCGUUAAUACAUGUGUCGCCUUUCAUUGAUUCGCGUGACGCCAAGUCGUACUAGAAAUGAUCACGAAAACGCGCCUGUGGCUCCAUCUAACAGUGAGUUCCUGGUACUUCGUCGUCGAUUGUUGCCAUGGUGAUCGGAUCAUGGCUGCGUUCAAAACACAAAACAUCAUCUGACAUAAACAAGACGUAAGCCUUCUAAAAUUUACACUCGAUACGAUCUCAAGCAUCACGUGUUUCCGCUAAUAACGUCAGAAAUGACUUUUUAAAAGCUAUUAUUUGUUGCCUGUAUUCGAACAGCAGGUGUAGGCAAUGCCAAAUCGUGAUAACAGUGUUGAUAAGCGUUAUAAAGAAAAGCACAGCAGUCGUAAGGUUUCAAUUACUGAAAAUGAACUGGAACCAGUGCACAAGCCACUGCAUCGUUACAGACGGUUUCAUAAAACAAGACGUCAUUCAAGAGUUAAUGGUGAAUCCGACGAAGUGACAGAUAAAAAUAGAAAUAAUGACAGUGUUGUAUUAUAUAAGAAAAAUGGAAAACAUUGUAUUCAAAAGAAAAUUGAUAAAUUAGUUGAAGAAAAUCGGAUAUUAACGAUGAAACUUGAAAACUCUGCGAUAAAUCCUGAGACUAUUGCAGAAUUAAGAGAAAAGGAUUCCUUAAUGUCAAAAAUCUGCAAUAAGUAUCACAAAUUGUUCAAAAAUUAUGAGGGCCUUCAACAAGAAUAUGAAAAACUAAAUACUGUUCUUGUGAAACGUGAAACAGAAUAUCGUCAGUUGCAUGCAUAUCACAAAGAAUUUAUCGAAGACUUUCAAAAAGUAGAGAAAACCAAUUCCAAUCUUCUAACAUUUAAUCAAAAAUGCAAAGUUGAAAAUGUUCAGCUAAACGAAGAUAUAGUGCUUUUGAAAAAUGUAAUAUAUUGUUUAAAUGCAGAACUAGAAAAAUAUCAAGAUAAAAUGAGAGAAUUGGGACAGAGUGUCAUAUCUAAAAAUAUUAAUGACAUAUUAGAUUCUAAGAGCCCAGCAGACAGUAAUAAAAAACUAUUAGAGUCAUGGGGUUCUGUGAAUACUCAUGUAUUAGGUCCACUUUUAGAUGCUUAUCAGGAAAAUCUGUCGGAGAAACAAGAACUUAUAAAUAAAUAUGAAGAAGAUAUUGCAGAGUUCAGUACUAGAUGCAAAGAGAUUAUCGCAGAGAAUGAGUGCAUGCAGAAUGAAGUGGAAAAAUUAAGAUCAAAGUGUACCAAGUAUGUGGAUGAAAUUAAGAUGAUAGCCGAGGAUGCUGAUUUACUCAAGGAAAUAAACGAAUGUUACAUAAAACAAACGGCCCAUCAGAAGCAAAAAAUACACGAGAUCCAUACAUUAUAUGAACAGAAAGUGGAGGCAAUGUCAUUCGAUAAUAACAGACUUCAUGAGGAAUAUCUUGCAUCAAGGACGGAACUCAGUAAUCUUCAAGGGAAAUAUGAUAUUUUUCAUAAGGAAUAUGAAAAGUUACAAAACGACAAUACGAAAACGAUGCCUAUCGAUGUUCAUAAUGCUGCUGUCGAAGAAUGUAGACAAUUAUUUGAGAAACUAAAACGUCAAUAUGAAACUGAGAAAGAGAAAGGAUCUACUCGUAUCAAAGAAUUGGAAGAAUUGCAAUACCAAAAUAAGACACAAUAUGUAAAUACAAUAGAAAGAAAUCAAUUAAGAGUGUCGAAUAAAAAUUUUGAAAAAAAUUUAAAACACAUGCAGCGAAAACUGGAACAUUUUCAAAAAGUGGCACAUUCUAUGCGAAUAUCUCGAGAUUCUUUUAAAAAGCAAUUGAGAAAGACUACAACAUACUGUGAAGAAUUGUUCAGUGAGUAUGAAACAGCAGUCGCUGAACGAGAUAAAUUGAUUGCACUUUUACAUGAAACAGAAAAUGAAAAUGCAAGUAUUCAUUUUCUCGGCGAUACUAUUACGCAACGAGUAGGCCAUUUAAAAGAACAAUUAAAGAUUGUACACGAAGGUGCCAAACAGCAUUUAGCAUUGGCGGAGAAAAAUAUGAAAGUACAGGAACUUGGAGUGCACCGUAUGAAAAACGAGUAUCAUCGAGAAUUACAACGUUUCAAGCAUCUACUAAGGCAAAAAGAGGAAACAAUUGGACGAUUGCAGAAAGAAAUUAACUCCACUCGCGAAAAUUUGGAACACGUUUGGAAAACUGCUGCUGUGAAUGAUAAAAAAGGUAACGCAGUGCUGAAACAGGUAAAGAUUCAGCACGUUUAGUAAAAUUUAGAAAUUUGUUAUGAUAAAAGUAUAAAAUUUUUAUUCGACACAAAAAUGAUACUGUAGAAAUAUCACUGCCAAUGGAAAUUUUACAUGGUCUAACAUUGAUUAUCGCAAAAUGAUAUACUGCCUAUAAAAACUAUUAUAAUUAAUGUAUAAUAUAU